AUGCAGGCGUCCUGUCUCACUGAUCAUCUUGUUCCGGGCACAAACGAUGUCUAUUACAUCUCGGAAUUUGUCACCGAAGAAGAAGAGGCAUUGUUAAUUCGCAAGAUUCGCGAUUCGCCACUGCCUAAGUGGAAGCAGCUUGCGAACCGUAGAUUGCAAAUAUGGGGUUAUAUGACGGCUAAGAAAAUGCUGAUACCGGAAAGCCUUCCGGCAUUCGUGACCAAGUACCCAGAUAUCGUUGGCCGUAUCAAAGCUACGGGUGCAUUUCAUUCCUCGCCUCAUGGCGCUCCAAACCAUGUUCUCAUGAACGAAUAUCUCCCAGGGCAAGGAAUUAUGCCCCAUGAAGAUGGGCCUGCUUACCACUCAGUGGUAGCUACGUUGUCAUUAGGCUCUCACACGAUGUUCCACUACUAUCGCUACAAAUUCCGAGGCGGUACUGUAGAUUCAGACAAGAACUCUGACGACGCCCAAGGCGACGGUCGCCCCAUCGACCCCAUUCCUGUGCUCUCUGUCCUUCUGGAGCGCCGUAGCCUCGUCAUCACGACCACCACGUUUUACCGGUCUUAUCUGCACGGCAUAGACGCGGUCACUGAAGAUCGCUUUUCCCCCUCGAUAGCGGACGGCGACAAGCAAUCUACACCCACGGUGGCGAACGUGGACCUUCUGAGCGACUCAACGGAGCGCGCCGCUGUGCUCAACGGCGGAGUGUUGGAGCGGGACAUCAGGUACAGCCUGACCUGUCGCGAUGUCGAGAAGGUGGCGAGUGGACUGCCAUUUGUCAAACGAUAGACAUAUAUCCGGCGCCCAGUCGAUUGUGUUAUUUCAAUUGGAGAAUUUGAUGUAGCGGUAUUCACGCAAAUGUGUUUUUUUUUGGAACGACAG